CCGGCCGCGGGUUAUACACGCCCGAGACUCUUCGACACUUUAACGUCGAGCGAACAGCGAGUUGCUGCGUGUGCCUCUAUGAACGAGUGAAGCCCAUGGACGGCAGUACUGUCGCGCCAAUAUCCCAAUAACAAGUGCGAGUGCGGCUACCCGACUGUUUCCGCUGAUUCGCUGGACACUUUGGCGAACCUGCGAGUGAUCUGUGAUGUGCGACACGCCGAGAUAGGACCGCCUUUGCCUGCAGAAUGGAGCUGAAAUGCCUAAAAUGGGUGCUGUUCCUGCUAUGCUUGUUAAUCGUCGCAACGGAAGGACUUCAAGGUUCCGCGUUAAAAAGAGGUGAGAAGAAAAACGAAGAAGUAUCGCGAACUCGUGGUUCGACUCGACGUGGCUCGAGAUUUGCAACCUCUACGAGCGCGCCUGCGGAACCGAAAGUCGAAGUCGCCAGUGCCAAACGCGAGUACAAGCCGCGCAAUCGUGAUCCUUCGAGAUUCUCCUCUCGCAAGCUAGCUUCGAAGGCCCAGCAGUCCGAGGUGAAGAAGUCAGCUGCUGACGACAGUAGCGUCAGCAGUACUCAAGGCAAGGCAUACCUACCGGAGCCCUCGACUGACUUUCGAAGAACCGGAAGGGUUCUGAAGGACAAAGACAAUGUGCAGAACAUCGAGCCGCCGAAGGUUGACUCUGGCAGAUCAACAGGUCGAAGAGGACCGUCCAGAUUUAGCAGGGAUAGGUCGAAGGCGAAGAGCGAGGCGAAGGAGGAGAGCAAUGCUGGACCCUCGGUUUUUCAAAGCCAAACGGAGAAUACCAGGUCGAGAACCGGCAGGAAGAUCCAGAGCAACACGGUGCUGACCGGUAGGCAGUUGAAGAGCAGCGUCCCCUCGAGCUCGAGGUACUCACGAGUUGACUCGAGCGACAAGUCCGAGUUGAAGCCGGCGGAGAGCAUGCAGAGGAGCAGCCGGAGAAGCUUCAACACAAAACCUGAACCGGAAGACAACCGUCAGGCUGCUUCUCGUCUGAGGUACGACAUCGCUGCCUCGGGCUCCGAGAGCGUCCGCAUCAACAUCCCUCUGAGCUUCCCGGUUGACUCGGAGUCAACCACGUCAACCGAGUCGUCCAGACGACCGAUCGGUUCACGUUACAAGCUGCGCGGUAGGCAGGAAGCUUCCAACGACCACAAACCUGAAGUGGAGAUCAACACCGCCAGCAAUCGAGGUAUCUCCAGGAGAUUCGAGGGCAGCCCGAGCAGCACGACGACCGAGGCAGCCACUUCUCGCGCUCGAGGCAGGAACAGCUACUCGAGCAGAAAGAGCAACACCGUGACGGUCGAGAUCGGCUCCACGACGACCGCAGCCCCGGACCAGAGGCGAAGGAGCUUCAACGGCAAGUCAACGCCUAGAGGUUUCGAAGCUACCAGGGCACAACCUAACAAGCUAGCGGAGGCACAGAGUUUGGAAAACAAGAGAUCGAACCGACCCAGAGGUCGGUACAAAGUGGAAUCGAGUAGUCCCAACACCUUGGUUCCAGUUAGCAGUACUGUGACACCGAAUAUCGAGGUGGAGCUGACAGCAGCGCCACCAACUCAACCGCCCGUUACGAGUACGACGGGGAAGACUUCAAGAAUGCCAUUGCAGAGCGUGACGUUCGUCGCGCCGCCAACGUCCGAUGCACAAAUCACCAAGAGACAGAAUAACUUUGGGAACAGACCUGGUGGUCAGGGCAGAAGAGGCUCAAAGGAGGACUUCUUCAACCACGGGCUGGGAUUUAGGGGGAGAAGACCACCUGGGCCGAAUGACGCGCCAACAGUGCCACCACCGAUCACGACAACUACAUCAGCUCCAGCCACAACAGCUGCACCUCCGGCCGACAGUACUGGCCGGGGUAAUCCAGGCUGGACUCUGAGACGUCGUCCUGGUCACUGGCACGAUGGCAAUCCACCAGGUAAUCCGGGCGAUCCUACGGCUCCCGUUGAUCAGGGAACGAGCACGGCGAGUUCUGGAACUACGCCGAAAGGGGCUAGAAGGGGCAACAAAACUUUCGUCCAGGGCGGAAACGGAAAUCAGCAGAUCAGCGAAGACGACAACUAUCCGCCCGACUUCAAAGCUAGACUUGCGCUACUGAUCCAGCAAAAAGGGGCUGGGCAAACGAGAGGGCCGUUAGAGGAGCAGCGAUCGCAAAGCAGCUCGAAUGUGAUCGAUGCAGCGAGUACCGAUCUCGAUCUCGCAGCCUCUGAUAAUGCGUACAAAGUCGUUGUUGCCCAAUCAGCCUACCCUGUCGAGGAGCAAGUAAGAGAAAAAAAAGGAGAAAUAAAAAAAAACUUUUUAAAUUCAUCGCUUUUUGUGUUGAGAAUUCAGUGUAGUCAUGCUGAAGGAUCACGGAAUUUUCAGGCCAGCAAGAUGUCGACCAGCGAGCUUUUCGCGGCCCGCUCGCGGGUGAAGCUGGAAAACGCCCGAAAACUGGUGAAACCCGAACUGAACAUUGACGAGACGAGUUCGCGGCCGGUAGUCGGCGAUGCCGCGGGUCAGAGCAAAGACGAGAAGCCCAGCGACGAUUCGGCAGUCGACGAGGGCCAGAAGGUCUUUAAAGUCGCGAGAAAAUCGAGCGCGACUAUCAGAGCACCGCCGACCGAGCCCCAGAAGAUCACGACCAAGUCCGACUGGAAACCCGCGACCAAGUUGAGGAAGCACUUCAAGGAAGCCCAACAGGCGAGAACCUCGAGAUACAAGCAAGGAAGUAGCAGCGCUUACACGGCCAAGCCCAAGUCCUCCUCGUCGUCGACAGCGAGCGCGGUGACCAAGAAGAGUAGCGAAACGGAAAGUGAAGGGGCCGAGGACAAGAGCAAACAGAGCAGAGCGACAGGUAGGUAUCAGGAGUACAAGUACAAGUUUGUCCCGAAGAACCGAGGGAGCAAACUCCGAGGGCCGACUCCCUCGCACGAUGGCGUGGCCGCCGUGGUCCACGAGGAGAACUCGAUCCCCAGCACCAAGUCGCCCCUGAUCGAGAAGUCCCGGAAGACCUUCGCCUCGAGGAAGAGCGAGAAGAGCUCCGUUGAAGAUAUCAAGGCCGUGGCUCUGAAGCUGCGCAAAACCCUGGAGAGCAUCGAGAAGAGCAACCAGACCCCCAGACCGCCGAGAAGAUCCGACUCGCCGGAAGGCUCGACCACCUUGCUCACCACCAUGAGGACCGUCAAGUCGUUCUCCUUCUCGACUCGUCUGGUUAAGGACGACGGCGAGGCGAUCGCCUCCUCGACUCAGAAGAUGAGCGAGGACGAGCCCACCACCCUCGCGCCGAUCACCACUCAAGCGACCAGCACGAGCUUCACCGUCGCCACCCAACAGCCGACCACCACCACCUUACCGAUCUCCGACGACCUGAUCAACGAGAUCGAGAACUCGGGAGUGUCGAGCACCACCGAUAGCGGCAAUGAUCUACUCUCCGCUGUGAAAAGCACUCGAAGUCCCGACUACGAGCCUCCGAGCGCAGCUCUGACCAACGAUACCGGUUCGCCGGUCUACGUGGUCUAUCCGUCGGCAACGGAGAAACCGCUGAGCGUCGCUAUCACUCCCAAGGUCUACCGAUACCACGCGACCGUUAAGCCCGACGACGAAUUACUCGGACAGCCUCUAGCUUUGCAGCAGUCGGUAGUGCAGGAACCGGUCAUCAGUGUCAAAGUAUCCAGUGGCGAUGGAUCGGCCGAUAACUCGAUCGUCCUCGAUUCCAACUCCAAUAUCUUCAAUCCGGCCCAGAGCGCGAAGAUUCUGGAGACCGGUAACGCGACGAUUUUGGAACAGCUCAGGAGCACCGUCGCACCCCUGCUCAGCACCCUCGGCGCCAAGUCGCCCGUUUUCCAAAGCGUUUACAAAAACACCAACAGCGCGAACUCGUUGCCGAGAGUGACUCCAAGCGGUGCUCCUCCGCGAUUCAGCGCGAGAUACAGAGGCGCUGAACUCUUUGUAAGAAGACCAACACCUCCGACCAAUUCUCUGCCAUCGAAUGGUAAAGAUGCGCUGAACAUUGAUGUGUCAAGUCCUGGAGAACCGAAAGUCUUAACGUAUUACCAAGCUGUUGAGACUGCCAGCAUUAACAACGAACAGACAGACGUACGUCACUUGUGGCAGCUCGGUAGAGCUGACCAAGUAGAGAGUACUACUAAAAACAGUUCUAACAGUGACUUGCCAAGUGUAAUACCAAUAACCGUAACAAAUACCAUUAACGACGCUGGUCCUUCACCUAGCGAUAAUGCCACGACUGCUCCCACGACUGACACAACAAUGAUCGCCACUGCUACUACUAAAACAAUUGACAAUAUCGAAACGACACAACAACAGCCAACCGUUGAGAGCGACGAAGCUCUGAUUAUGACCACUGGUUCCACCACCUCGAUUAUGGACUCUCCCGACGCAGCGGACCUUAAGCUUGUAACCCUAGAGUCCAGCAGCACUAGUAGGCCUACCUCUACCAGCACCGAGUUGAUUACAGAAGUAUCGGUAUCGAUCGGCGACAGGGUUAAUUCCAUCACCGAAUUUACCACUAGCUCACCGACCACCACUUCGGAGCCCAAGUCUUCCUCGGUAUUAACCACGACGAUGCAAACGGCCGAUGGAUUUUUGAGCGAAAGCUCCACAGAUAUGCCGACGACUUUGCCGACGUUGGUUGAAAACUCGGUCGUUACCACCGAAAGCUCGGUGGAGGCCACUACUACCUCCUCGGUGGUCGGCUCCGCAAGCACCGAGGAAUCGACUUCUCAAAUGAUGCUCGAGAAGUUGGAUUAUUCGAGUACGAUGCAACCCAUAGUAAGUAGUUCGCCAUUUGACGUUACUUUAGCCGAAAGUAAUAAUGAAACAACAAUAGCACCUCCUGCGAAGAACGAGGUAGAGCAGGAACCUUCGAGAAUUGCGAAUUUGCAAAUAUUAGCCCAAGUUAGGGCAGGCUUUAUGAACGAUGUGUCCAGUACACCAAUAUCCACUCCAGAGUACACUACUGAAGCGAUACCAGUCCUAGAAUCGUCUUCGAAUCCACCGACGCAAGAGAUAACCGAUGCUCCGUUAACGAUCGAGAUGAGCAUCACUACUGGUACCUCGACGACCAGUCAAGCCGUAGUCGAGACUACGUCGUCGGCAAACGUAGUCGAUACGACCGUGCAAAGGGUCGAGGAUGAUCGUGAAAUGGUCACGAUUCAAAUGAAAGGUCUCGACGAAGAGAACGACACUACCGCUCAGAACAAUACGUUGAAUGUAGAAAUAAUGCUGUACAAGAUAUUGAAUGAGACCGUUCCCGCAGGUACUGAAAAAUUAGAUCUUAUGAGAGACUUGUUCAGUAAUCAGGACGUCCAAUCGGCUUUAGAAAAGAACCUAUUGUCAGCUUUGAGCUCAAACGAGAAAAUAACAUCUAACAAUUCUUCUUCUUCUUCAUAUCCUUCUUCUUUCGAUAAUCGUCUCAUUGCCGAGUUGAUGAAGAUUUCGGAAAGAGUCUCGGUCGAUUCGACGAGCAUACCCGAAUCGCCGUUAAAUUCCGAGAAUACGUACAUGGACAAUUCGCCUGAUGGGCUUCCUCAGCUUUUGGGAGGUUUCUUAGAUAAUACCAAUAGAAGCGAAUCUGUGACUAAUGAUAAUGGCACAGUAGUAGAAGCCAAUAAUAACGAGACUUCAGUAGUUGCUCAAAUGACGAACAUGCUAUCCGCCACUACAUUACCUUCAGUAGAAGCCACCACCACCGAUUCAACCAACAUUGACACGAAUACCGAUAUAGCCACUCCCGAAUCACCACAAUCCACUACACAACUAGACAAUGAGAUACUCGAAACAACAACAAUUCUUGAUAACCCAGUAACUAACCCCCCGAACGUAGCGAGUAACCUAACAAACGAAUUAACAAACUUGGUUGACUCACCAAUCAUGGCCCGCAUGCUGCGAAUCUUUUCUAAACUACUUCACGCAGAAAAGUCACUAAACGGCAUUGUACCCGAUAACGCAUCCGAAACUCAUGAUUCAAACUCACUAACCACCUCCGAUUCGACAGAACCGCUACCGAUGGUCGAUGAUGAUGUGACUAAUACCACCGAACUAAUAACGGAUCUCUCCACUAAUCCAGAGUCGACGACUCUGCCGCCCACCGAACCCCAAACUAGCGCUGGUCUUACAACACUAUCUCCAACUGUUAUUGCCCAUUUCCAGGAUACUACGCCAUCAACCGCCCAAAGGACGGCAGGUACAAGCUUCAGUACACCAAGCUCUAUCAUCAAAUCCCUAUUGUCAUCCAAAUCCUCCUCAAGCAUCGAUAAUACCAAUCACAUACCCACCGCAAAUCCAAAGUCAUCGUCAUACCUCCCAUCAACCACGGCGCAGUACCAGAGUACGGGCUACCCAUCAGCUACACCCGCAACAGCAAAGUUUUCACCAGUGAUACCAACGAGUUUUUACCAACCAACACAAGUACCGAGCACAACUGCCUCCAGUCGUUUCGGCAGCAGCAGACUCACACCAGCGCCCAAGUUCAGCUCUAGCAGCUCGACCACAGCUCCGCUCCGAGAUUACCUGAUCUACGGAAUCUACCCCAACAAGACCAUUGUUAGAAAGCGCCCGGAAGACAAUCUCAUCGAUCCCAGAAACGUAGACAGCCCCUACGUGAUAUUUGGAAUUUAUCCGGAUGGAAAGCUCGUCCGCAAGUUCCCUAACGGCACGGUAAUACCGGACCCACCCAGCAAUCCGGUAGAAGUUGUAUUCUCCCUCAGUACAACUACUACCACCACCACCACUAACCGGCCCGGAUCGCGCGAUAACCAGAUUAUUAAUCGGGGCAUGCCUAACCAGAAGUUCGACUUGUUCUUUAAUAACCGUAGUCCCGUUGAUGAUGGAUUUACUCAGAAAGCUUUCUACGCCCCCAACAACGAUGUUGACAAUGCACUCGGUUACAGUGGACCCACCGGUUUUGAUCUCCCAAUUGGUAGUGUUGGUAGCGACACUAAAGAUACGAUUUUACCAGCUGAAGGUGUCGUAGUAAAUGGUAAUCGAUCGAAUGGUCGCAUUAUUCUUGACCGUGAGAGGAACGAAGCUACGAAGACGAAUCAAGACGCCGGUCAGCGAAACUCUGUGUUUAUAGGACAGGAUAAGUUUGUUAACUAUUGGACCAACGGGCAGCCUAACUCUCCACCUACUGUCCUCAGUGUCAAUAUUAAAUCAACCGCCACUGCCGCUAACGAAGGUCCUCUAUCAGUACCCGCUCGACCUCUCAACUUGGACAUACUGCCGAACAAAUCGUCCGGAAAAAGCGUAACGGCCCCUCCUGGUUUCCCAUGGAAGGAUGCUCUGGAACAAAUUUUCGGCAUCACAACCACUCCUGGAACUCCCAUCACCGCCUCGGUGGCUUCGAACACUAUAGAUGAUUCUACCGGUGAAAACGCUGCCAUUUCCGCGAGUCCGAUAAACAAUCUCGUGGAAAUCUUCAGCCCAGUCUCGAGUACCAUAGAGUCUUUGAUAAACACUCCGACGAAACCUACGACUCUACCGCCGGAAACCACGACUAUGACAACUACUCCUACGCCGAUUCCAGUGUUCUCAUCGACCACCGAAAAGCCACUCACGAUGAAUCCGAACGCCUUCGGUACGACGUUCGACGAUCUUGCUUUCUUGAACGCAUUGUUGGAAAAAACAGCUCCGAAUAAGGGAACACCCAAGACGCUCACGGAAGUGGAACAGCUACUGGCGAACAAGAUUCUAUCUCUCGCCCUCGGAAGGCCCUUGACCAACGGCGGGCCGACUCGUUCUCCAAAAGCCAUCCAGCCGUCCAACGCGUCGCCGAAUUCCGUCGGCGGAAGCGACGACUCGAAGUUCUCGACUCCGUUGCCUACUUCCACGGCGUCGCUGCCGAUAGUCAUCAAUUUGCACCCAACGACGACAGCCAAGCCAUCGACGACCACAGCUUUCACGUGGAAACCCAUCAAGACCUUCUCGAGCUACGACGAUUUCACCACACCGUCAACUAGCACGACCAGCACGAGUACGACGACCACGACGCCGAAGCCUACGACCACCACGACCACUACCACUACACCUGCCCCGACUACGACCAAGACAACUACGACGACGACGACGACGACGACUCAAAGACCGACAACCAGGCAACCCGUUAUUAUUACCGCCAAGCCAGUGACUACCAGAAGGCCGAGGCCAAGGCCGACCACACCUCCUCCUCCCGCUGGACCUUUCGCCUUUGCAGUGAAUUUCUUCCAAUCGCUCUUCGGACGGCCCACUACGACGCCGAGGCCUGUGGUUAGAAGGCCCGCUCCAACGGCGAGAAAAAUCGUUUCGACAACGCAGAGGGUGACAACGAGCAGUUACAAACCGACGGAAGUGGCCUCGAAGGCACCGAGUGUCGGACAGGCCUCGACGACCUUCUCUCCCGAAGACGAUGCCAAAUUCCUGGCCGCUUUGUUGGACGUUGCUCGCAACAGCAACGGUGGGGAUAAGAGAUCGGUGGCUUCGUCGUCGCAGCAGCAAGUCCUCAACGCCGACGACGAGGAAUUCCUGAGGGCUCUGCUCAACGGAGAAGGAGCCAAGAUCAAGCCCCUGUCCAGCGUCGGCGGGAACGAUCAGAAAGACGCGGCUCUGCUCGCAGCCUUUCUUAAAGCUCAGGGCUUAGAACCCUCCACACCUUCUAGUCUCGGUAAACUGACCUCGACGACUACGACGACGACGACGACGACGACGACGUUUAGGACGACGACGACACGACGAAGGCCACCUCCGGCCGCCUCGACAUAUCCCCCUCCGCUGUUCAGCAACUUCGGCGUACUCAGCAGUGGCAGUGGCGGUGGUUUUGGCAGUGCUGCCGGCGACGUUGCUUCCUCCUCCGGGGGUGAGGGCACGGUGCGCAGUCAAGUAGUCAACGCCGCGAUUGGCAUGACCCGAGCUUUCGGUCAGUUCAUUGGCGCUGCCAUAACGGGCGCAGCGCAGUCGUUCCAGUCAUUCGUUAAAAAUGGAACAUCUCUAUGGGGUUAGACCAGCAAUUUCAAAGAGAGGAUGUUACAUUUGCAUUGUUUGUAUGCGCUUCUCGAGGGAGCGGAUACACUGUACAACGUCAGUCGUCCGAGUCGAAGAAGAAGAAGAAGAAGAAGAAACAUGAGAGGAGAAAGAUUAAAGUCACGAAUAAUAUUUAAAACCUGUAAACCUUAUAUAUUACUUAUACUAUUUGAUAGAAUGUAGUUUUUUCGCACUAAAAUUGUUUGCAUCUAAGUUGAAAACGAUCAAAAAGUUUGCAAAAAAAAAGCCAUAAAAUUUUCAAAACUUUUUCAGAUUAUACACUUUUUAUACAUUAUACAGACGAUAUUAUCUCCUAGAUUGUAGAACGCGUUGUUGAGAUAGUUACUUUCAUGGUGGGAUGUAAUGUUGAAACGAUAAUAUUGAGAAGAAAAAAAAAACGCUUUGCAAACGUUUCUAGGGUAAGCCUCCUCAUGAUGUGAUUUCUAAUGCGUGUACAUGCUUAUCGAGUGUGUUCUUACAAGAACACGCUUAUGCCAUGAUUAAAUAUAUUAAUGUUUAAAAAAAAAGAACGAAGAUCAUUGUUUCAAACUGUUUUUUAGUGAUGUAAUAAUUUAAAAAUUAUAAGUCAAUUCGGUUAUACCUCUGCAAAAUCGUGCACUAUUGAGUAAUUCGUAAGAUUUUGUUAAAAGUUUUGUUUGAUUUCGCCAAGGUAAAAAACAAAUAUGAGGUAUAUGCCUAUACGGGAGUACUCGUGAAACAUUUGUAACGUCGAAUGCGAAUUAUGCAGUAAAUAAGUAAUAAUAGAACGAAAGCGUAGCACCUUUUGUUCGUCGCAAAAUUUUUUCGUAAUGUUGAACUUCCUCACACAUUACUAUAAUGUCAACGAUGGAUAAGGAUAAUAUUACAUGAUUCUGUACAUCAGACUGCGUUAACUCUUAAUGAUACCGACGAGGAAGGAGUUUUGUUUUAAUAUAAUAUGUUUUGUACAGCAUUAUUUGUCUAUGUUUAUUUGUAUUUGUAGUCUAUUUGUAGCGUGAUAUGUUUUGUACAAUAAAGUGGAUUUGUGAAUAGUU